AUGGCUGCAGGAAAUAAGAUUGUGAUCGCGUUCGAUCUGUACGGAACACUCUUAUCCACUGAUUCAAUUGUGAAGCAGCUCGGGCAGCACUUCUCCGAUUCCAAAGCACAAUCCAUCUCCACAUCAUGGAGACGAUAUCAGUUGGAAUACACCUGGAGGCUCAACAGCAUGGGACAAUACAUCUCGUUCUCCAGCAUCACACGGAACUCCCUGCGUCAUGCCGUGGCAGAGCAUGGCGAAAAGCUAGAAGACGCCGCCAUUGACGAGCUUCUAAAAGCUUACGACAGCUUACCGGCUUUUCCCGACGUUGACUCUACUUUGAGCCAACUGGCCAAUCGUUCCGAUAUCACUGCGGUGGUCUUCUCGAAUGGGACACAGGCCAUGGUCACGAAUUCAGUGCGCAACUCGCCAGACUUAUCGCCUCACAGUGCCGUAUUCGAACAGAUCGUCACGGUUGAUGAGGUGAGACAGUUCAAGCCUGCUCCAGCAGUGUACGCCCAUCUCGCGCAGAAGAUGGGGAAAUCGCCCUCCUCACAGAUGGGCGACCUAUGGCUGGUCAGCGGAAACCCAUUCGAUGUGAGCGGUGCCAGAAGCUGUGGUAUGCACGCCGUCUGGGUGGAUCGUGGUCGUCGGGGCUGGAUGGAUGCUGCCGUGCCUGAUCUACAACCAACUGCCGUGGUUCAUGAUUUGAAUGACAUUCUCACAGUCAUUCAGUGA